CAAGUAGACUAAAGGUAUGAAGAUCCAGAUUAUGGAAAGAUCUCUUACCCGGAAAAACCCAGGUCCAGAGUGUUCUGUCCCAUAUACAGGAUUUCAGUGUGCAUCUUAAAAAUGCAGAAAAAUAGUUUUCCCCCCAAUUUUAAUUCUGUAUGCAUAGCAGAAUAAGUUAAGAUUUGUCUAUUAUUAUUUGGCAUUAUCCACUGCCCUGCAGACUGAAAGCAAAUGGUUGCUAUGGGUUACUAGACCAGGAGGAAUAAAGGCUUAGUAGUUCCUUCUGCCUCGCAUUAUUUAUUAAAACACAGAACAUCAAAGUUAUAAUUAAUCCAAUUUUUAAAAGGUUCAACAACUCACAAGAACACAGGUUUUUCAACACAAGCUUUGGCAGCUAAGAGGGGGUCAUGAGGUGCUAAUCAUACAAUUGAUUUUGUAGUGGGUGUUCCUGACAGAAGCAUUUGCAGCCACCGAUUUUCUCUGUGAUAAUGGAUGAACUGAAAAUGCUGUCUAGUUCUUUAGCUAAACUAUGGGACAUAGAAAUCACAAAGAAACAACUGUCACAGCACAGCAAGCAAAAAAACAAAACAAAAAGGAAAUACAAAAGAAAAGUUCUUUACGUUUUCCUUACUGAGCAGAAACAUGUAUGCAGACAGCAGCAAUCCAGCACAUAUUUAAAGGCCACCUCUUCUCACCAUUCAUUUGAACUUACGGUAAACUGCCAUCCUUUCAAAAUGGGAAAGAUCAUUUUCUACGAGGACAGGAGCUUCCAAGGACGCUCUUAUGAGUGUAGCUCAGACUGCUCUGACCUGUCCUCUUACUUCAAUCGCUGCAACUCCAUCAGGGUGGAGAAUGGCAACUGGAUCCUGUAUGAGCAGCCCAGUUACAGGGGACACCAGUAUUACCUCUGGAAAGGAGAAUACCCAGACUUCCAGAGAUGGAUGGGCUUCAACGACUCCAUCAGGUCCUGUCGCAUGAGUCCCUAUCACCAAGGGCAAUAUAAAAUGAGGAUCUAUGAAAGAGGAGACUUCCAAGGGCAGAUGAUGGAGUUCUUUGAUGACUGCCCCAAUACUUAUGACCGAUUCCGUUUCCACGACAUUCACUCCUGCAAUGUGUCUGAUGGUUACUGGAUGUUCUACGAGGAACCCAACUACAGGGGGCGUCAGUACUACCUGAGACCUGGACAAUACAGGAGAUUCAGUGACUGGGGAGCCUCCAGCUCCAGAAUUGGCUCUUUCAGAAGGGUUCAUCACAUGUUUUAAAUAAUUCAAGCAAUGUAAAGAUUAAAAUAUGUUACAAUAAAAGUUGCAAACACA